AUGAAUUGUAUGUACCGUUGUUGUCAUUGUUAUUGGUACUUGCGGGUCGCCUCGGUGAUCGGGACGACACAGUUUGUCCACCGAUUUAUUUUGGCCGGGACAGCUGAAACAGCAUCGCCGUACUGUGAGAUAUUACGCGUGUCGCCCGAUCAAAACGCCCCGUGUCGUUGUCCGGUUGCCGUCGAAUUCGGAAAAUGUCGUGUAUUCACGGUAUUUUGGCUACGAAAUUUAAAAUGGGACCGUCGCAUUGUCGUGCACGUCGCACUUGGUAAUUUACCGGAGGAUGUUUCGAAGCCAAUAUUGUCGCGCCAAGUCGAUAAAAAAAAAUAAAUACAUAAUGUACCGCGUGGCGUAACGGACUCCUCCCCCCCCCCGUAUUUCUGAGACAAAACCGGCACAGGAUGUGAAAAAAACUUUUAUUUAUACUUAGAUUAUAACCAUUUUACAAUGUGAACAAUUUGUUUUAUUGGCCUUUAUGCUUAUAUAAGGGCGCUGAAGUUGAAGUAUCGCUGAAGUUUUUAUACCACUACUUCGUUAUUCAAUUGAACUACGAGCACUUAUAAAAUAAAAACUUUCCGUCCAAUAUUGGAAUGAUACACAUUAAAAUUUUCAGAAAAAUAAACUCAAUUGAGUGACUAUCUUAGAAAAUGUAUUAAAUAUCAUACAAAUUUGAAAUGUUUUAAUUUUUGAGUUUGGAUAUACCGAAAAGCAAACACAGUGGGACAUAUACUCUAUAACAGUAUAACAAUAAUGAAAUUCAUCGUGUCUAUUAGGUACUUGAUUAUUUUUUAUUUCAUAUUUUAUAGUGUCACUUGAAACUAAGAUACCAAAAGACCCAGCAGCGUUUGUAAAAUUGCCAAUUAUUUCAAAAGAAUUCCUGCGAAUACAUUCAGCAGUAAUAUGGGCCCGCGUUAACCAACACCUCAUUUAA